AUGCAAGAAUUGCUGUUUAUAAUCCACUUACCUUCAGAGAUAAUAUACCAGAUAUUACAAUACUUAUCUCAGAAUAUCUUGCUUGAACUAAUCACCGUUCCAUUUUUAAAUCAAUAUGUCACAAGUUAUUUAUAUCCCAUUUGUUUAAUUGAUAGUAGGGCAACAGAUUUCAAACCUAAUCCAAAAAUAAAACUAUUCAAAACUAUAACAGCAUUCAUGAAAUUCCAAAAGUUACACAAUUAUUCUCCUCAACGAUUGAUUCUUAACAACAAUAGAGGCAUAAACAAAGUAGUAGAGAAUAACCAUUGGUGUUCACCUUAUAAACUUGAACUAGUGGAUAAUCUAGAGUUAAUUAAUACUAGGAAUGUUGUUAAAGUGACUUUUUCUUCAAGUUUUUCUCAACCAAUACAAGAAAUCCCUUAUCAAAUAACGGAAUUGAAUAUAUUGGGUGAUAAAUUAAACUUGGUACACUCAAACAUUCAAAUAUUGGAAAUUAAUCAAUUUGAUUUGAGAUAUAUGGAAUUACUCCCUGAAAGUAUUAAGGAUUUGAAAUUACUAGAGUUUAAACUACCUUCUUCUAUCCCCUCACUGGGUGUGAAAUUCCCUAUCAAUUUAACUCAUUUAACAAUAGUUGAAGGACAACGCAGUUUGCGUCUGGUGAAUUUUCAAUCUUUAUUGUUUUUAAAACUGUUGAAUUAUAAAGGGAAUUUAAAAUUAAGUACUUCACAAUUGACAUCAAUGCAAGAUUUGCAAUUGCCUGAAUCUAUUGAAAAAGUAUGUUUAAGAUGUUUAAAUAUUGUUAGUUUGCAAAAUAUUUCAAACUUGAAAUGUUUAACACAUUUGGAAAUUAUUGAUUUUCCUAAAUUGUUUACAUUUUUUGAUACUAGAUUCCCCAGUGGAUUGAAGAAAUUAAUCUACAAAUUUGAUACUGUUGUUCCUAACUUGUCAUAUUUUCAAAAUCAAAUGGUUUUAAAUUUUGAUUCAUCAAGGUUGGUCAGAGAAACUACAACAGCCAAUAUGAUAUUUCUUAAAAUUGAUGAAAGAUUCCAAAUCCCCGACAACUUAAAAGUAUUGAUUUUAGAAAAUAUUCCCUAUGUGAAAAUUUCCAAAUCGAUUAAGAUCCCUGACACUUUAAAUGAAUUGAUAAUUAGAAAAUUACCAGGAGUUGUCCCUAGUAGUAAUUUCAACAUGACAUUACCUAACUUGACUUUAUAUAGACUUACUUUAAGCAACAUGAUGCUUGAUUCCUUAGAAGGAAUGAAAUUUCCUGAAAAAUUGAGUUUCUUGGAUUUGUCAAGAAAUCAAUUACAACAUAUACAUGGGACUAAUCUUUACAAUUUGAAAUAUUUAAGAGAUUUGAAUUUACUGAGGAAUAGAUUUGAAAGAUUUAUUGAUAUUGAGAAUGAUAUCCCUUCGGGGUUAGAAAUAUUACAUUUACAAAGCAAUUUAAUUAAUCAAUUUGAAAUCAAAGACAACAAUAUACGGUUGAUGCAAUUAAACUUGAUGCUUGUUAAAAAUGGCCGAUAUCUGAACGAGUUGUUUAAAUUCCCAACCAAACUCCGUUAUUUACAAUUAUCAAUACAAGUUGAUAAAUUAUCGGAUAAUUUCCAAUUACCAGCAAAUUUACAAAGUCUUCAAAUACAUCAUCCAUAUUAUGGGAAAAUUGUAACUUUCCGAAAUUUUUUCCAAAAUGUAUCAAAUCUACAAUUGACUCAACUUUCAUUAUUAAACUUGACUUUUACAAAAGAUUGUUUAAUUAAAAUCCCUUCAACGAUUGAACGACUCACCAUUGCUGGAAAUUUUAAUCAACAUAUUAUAAAUAAUUUAAAUUUACAGAAUUGUAAGAGUCUAACCAGUUUAAGUUUAAGUGGAGGAUCAGUCAAUUAUUUUAAUUUGAAUAAUAUCCCUUCACAGAAUCUUGAACAAUUGGAAUUGAAAAAUAUGAAAUUGAAAUACAUUAAUGGUAAUUUCAAUGAAUUUAGGCAUUUGGAAUAUUUGAAUUUAGAACAGAAUCAAAUCACUAACGAAAGCAAUAAUACCAUCACCACCACCACUACUGCUACUAAUUGUGGUGGUAAAACUAAAAACAGUUUAAAUUUACCAAGUUCUAUAAACACAUUGAUUUUAAAUAAAAAUGAUUUGAAUGAUUUAUCUAACGUAUUUUUAGAUAAUUGUCGAUAUUUAAGAAAAAUUUAUCUUGAAAUGAAUCCAAAUUUAGAUUCUCGAGUGAUUUUAAAAAUUGCAAAAUUAUUAAUGCAAAUUCUGGAUAAUUUUGUUGGGAUUUAUUUAUCACUGAAUUUGAUUUUCAGUUCAAAUUUGUUUUUGGAAAAUUAUGAAGUUUAUAGUAAGAUCAUUUUUAACACAGAUUUUAUAGAUGGGUAG